CCCUAUGUUAUAAGAAUGAUUGACUGGUAUGAGGAACACAAUUACCUCAUGUUUGUUACUGUGUACCUAGACGAAUGGAUGCCCUUGCGUAAUUAUAUCUCUACACCUGGAAAACUGCCGGAAGAUAAAGCUCGCAGGCUUAUGCUUCAGUUAGUGAAAGCAGUUGAACAUUGCAUAAAGCACGGGGUGUUUCACAAUGACAUCCAUUUUGGAAACAUCUUGGUGGACAGUGAAGGUGUACAACUGAAGUUAAUUGACUUUGGGAUUGGCCGUCUAAUCAAUGACGCUGCAUACAAAUCCAAAGGACAUAAAGGAGUACCUGAGAAAUAUUCUGAGUUCAUACACAGGGUCAUGCCAAAAAACGUCUUGGACUUAGGUUCUGUGCUAUAUAAGAUGCUGCAUGGAAAAAAGCCCCUUCUUUGGACCCCAAUUAUGGACCCCAAUUUAACCAAGAUGGUUCUGGAUCUGACCAGUCCUGCAACAAAAGCCAGCAUCAGUCUGGACCACACCAAACCAAAAGCGCUAAAGCGCCCCUUUGACUGCAUCCGGAGGGGCAAAGUAAAGACAGUGCCGGAUCCACAGCCUCCAGUCAGUUCGAGCAAUCCUUCUUCAAAGGAUUGCUCAGAUCUGGCCAGUCAGUCGAAGGUGGUUAAAGGUGGUCCAGAAGAACCAACAUCACUAUUUGAAGAUUACCUCCAGAGAAAAAAAAGAUGUGGAGCACCAUGUGAUGCUUCCACACAGCGCAGAUCAGGCACAUCCUGAUGCCACGGAUAAAGCCAGUCUGCCUAUUUCCAAGACUCGUGUGAGUCUUGAAGGAACCGACGCGCAUGUCGGGCAAUCUAAAUACCCGAUGCUGGAUGUGGCCAAAAAUCCAGCGGCUAAAGUGUCCAAAAUUCCUGGGCCUGAAAGUGCUGGUCAGCAGAGACGGAAAAAAACGGGUAAAUCAAGCCCCAAAUGUCUUCUGCCAAAAGGUCCUGGUAAGAAAACAAAAUUGACUGUACUCUCUAAAGCAAUGUUUUUGUUUUCCAUUUCAUUGUUUAUUAUUUCUCUUGUUGUACCUCUGCCUGUAGUUAUCGUAUUAAGUCUUUCAGCGUGUGUUUGAUCCCUUUUCUACUCUGUGAAUAUGUAACCUCAUACAUUUUAUUAUUGUGUGUGUGUUUCAGAAUCUUUUAAUGCUGAUUAUAAGCUUCAUGAUCAGGACGGCAUCAAUAGCAAUGUUGUCACAGGAAUCCGCACAGCUGAUGGCAAAGAGGUACAGUAGGGCACGCGUACUUAUUUCAACAAACAUUGGGCAACCUUAAAAGUUUUGUGCGGUAUCAGGGGUUUUACAAUGUUUUAUCAAUGCUGUCUUGCUCUUUGCAGGUCACCAUCAAGCGUGUGGAGUUG